GUCCGUAGUUCGUGUCACUCUUUUACGUGGCUGGCUCAUAACGAGACAAGAUGUUCCCGUCGAACGCCAAAAUUAUGAAAAGUGGGGGUGGUGAGCCUGAUCAGUUUGAGGCUAGCAUCUCCCAAGCUCUUCUAGAACUAGAAACAAACAGUGAUUUGAAAUCACAGCUUCGUGAAUUGUAUAUAACGAAAGCUAAAGAACUUGAGACCAAUAACAAAAAGUCUAUCAUCAUCUAUGUCCCUAUGCCUAAGCUAAAGGCUUUUCAAAAGAUUCAGACUAGGUUAGUACGUGAACUAGAAAAAAAAUUUUCAGGCAAGCAUGUUAUGUUUGUUGGUGAGAGGAAAAUCUUACCUAAGCCCACAAGGAAAACUAGGACUAAGAAUAAACAAAAGAGACCCAGAAGCCGCACACUGACUGCUGUAUAUGAUGCACUUCUUGAAGAUCUCGUUUAUCCUGUUGAAAUUGUAGGAAAGAGAAUUCGAGUUAAGCUUGAUGGAUCACAGCUCAUUAAAGUUCAUUUAGACAAGAAUGAACAGACCAAUAUUGAACACAAAGUUGACACCUUUGCCGGCGUUUACAAAAAACUGACUGGUCGAGAUGUUACGUUCGAAUUUCCGGAAUCUUAUGUAUAAGUUUUACGUUUCAAUAAAAACAUCUAUUGAAUAAAC